UUAACUUUUUUAGCAAUUUUUCUUACCCACCCACUAUCCUUAGGACUACUUAUUUUAACUUAUACUAUUAUAACUUGUAUUAUUAUAGGAUUAAUAAGAUCAAACUUCUGAUUUUCAUAUAUUUUAAUAUUAAUUAUAAUUGGUGGUUUACUAAUUUUAUUUAUUUAUAUAACAAGAACUGCCUCUAAUGAAAAAUUUAAAUUUAAUGAAUAUAUUCUAUUUAUUAUGAUUAGUUUAUUUAUAAUUACUAUAUUUAUAAAUAAUAUAAAUCUAUAUUUAAUAAAUCAAAAUAUUAAUAAUGAAAUUUUACAUAAAAUAGAUUUAAUUAGAAAUUUUUAUUUAAAUUUAAAUAAAUUUUUAAAUAACCCAAAUUCUAACAUAUUUUUAAUUUUGAUUUUUUAUUUAUUAAUUUCAAUGAUUGCAGUUGUAAAAAUUACUAAAGUAAAAUUUGGACCGUUACGUCAAUUUAAAUAUGAAAAUACCAAUACGAAAAAUUAAUUCUUUAACGAAAAUUAUUAACAAUUCUUUAAUCGACCUACCUACACCAA